UUCGAAAUCUACUUUACAGUUCACGGAAAACUAUCAGUCGAUACGGACGUGAUUUCAUUUUUCAAAGAAAGAUACGAUGCUACAAGCGAUUUUACUCGGAAUACUGGGCGGAUUAUUAUCGUUGUUGUACUAUUGGGCGAAACAGAAACAAAAUUAUUGGAAAGAUCGCAACAUCCCCUAUAUAAAAUCACCAUUAUUGUUAGGGCAUUUUUUUAAAACUGUUAUAUUGAAGCAGCACAAUAUCGAUGCCCUAACACACCUGUACGAUCACCCCAAUGCUAAGGGAAAGCCAUUCGUUGGCAUUAAUGUAUUUCACAAGCCGGCAAUAUUGGUGCGAGAGCCUGAACUGGUCCGUCGUAUCUUGAUCAAAGAUUUCCAAUAUUUUUCCAAUCGUCACCUUGGUGCUGAUCCAGAUCAUGAUCCAAUUUCUGGAUUGAAUCUAUUCCAAACCAAGUAUACCCAAUGGCGGGACAUGCGCACUAAAAUGUCACCGAUUUUUACGAGCGGAAAAAUGAAACAAAUGUUCUACAUGGUUGAAAAUGUAGGCAAGGAGCUGAACGAAAGCGUUGCUAAAUUGGUGAAGUCGGGUAAUCCGGUUGCAGAGAUUCGUACGCUAUUUGCGCGGUACACCAUUGAUUCUAUUUCAAUAGUGGCAUUCGGGACUGACUCCGGGUGUUUAAGGGAUCCAAACUCAUCGGAAUUCCUCAAGGAAGCCAGAAAUGCCUUCCAAGUGCGAUAUGUUGAUAAAGUUGCCGGACAUUUGUUGUUUUUCCUUUCAUCAUCACUGAAAAUGUUCAAUUUGAAAGCUUUUAAUCCCUCGUUCGAAAAGUUUCUUAGGCGGCUUUUCGAUGAAGUGAUGACCAAUCGAAUGAAAAGUGGAGGCAAUCGCAACGAUUUGAUAGACGCGUUAAUUGCGUUGAAGAAGGCUGAAAUAGGCAAGGAAAAAGUUGUUUUUUCGCAUGAGGUUCUUGUUGCACAGGCUGCACUGUUCUUUUUUGCUGGAUUUGAGACGUCGUCAUCAACUAUGGAAUUUGUUUGCUAUCUGAUUGCAAAACACCCUGAAGUCCAAGCAAAGAUGCGCAAAGAGAUACGCGAAGCUUUGAAGAAACACGGAAAAAUGACUUACGAAUUAAUUGCUAACGAUCUGCCGUAUAUGGGUGCGGCAAUCAAAGAGACUUUAAGACUGUAUCCGAUUUUGCCUUUUCUUGAUCGAGUAUGUAUGGUACCACGUAGUGACGAAGGCUAUUCCCUGGAACCAUUCAGUUCAUUUAAAGUUCCCAGCGGAAUGCCUGUCUACGUACCCAUAUACAAUAUGCAAAGGGAUCCAGAGUAUUUCCCGGAGCCGGAGAAAUUCAUUCCGGAACGAUUCUUUUCGGAAAAUGAAAAAUCCAAUGAUUGCUAUGCUCCAUUUGGAGUGGGACCGAGGAGCUGUAUUGGCGAACGUUUUGCUCUGAUGCAAAUGAAAGUGGCUCUGAUGAGUUUACUAUCAUCAUUCAGGAUGGAAUUUACUGCCGAUACACCGAAAACACUUGAUCUGGAAGCCGACACAGUUUUAUUGCAUUCAGACAAAGGUGUCUUGCUGAAAUUCGUCGCUGAUUCUGAUUAAGAGUAUGACGGAAAAUUUUCGUAACAUUUUGUGGAUCUUGUUUAAAUCACAUACAUUAAUCAGAAAGCACGAAAGCACAAAAACUCUUUUCAUCCAACACAAUAUCCACAUUAUCCACAAUAUGAAGAGAAUUACAGUGUAGUGACCACAAAUAUUACUUUGUAAAUUUCACACCUUUUCUCUAUUCAAUUCAUUACAACCCUCAU